UACAGGACUGCGUUUGGCCAAGUGGCGGAGUCGAAGCCAUUUGACUUUGGCGAUCACCUUUACCCUCCAUCCUUUCCUCUCUCUCUCUCUCUUUUGUGUGGCCGACAAAUUCCAUUUCGCGCGCGGAGCUUUUUUAGAUGGGAACUUCGAGGUAGGUGAAGGGCUGGAGAGGAAGAGAAGGAAUGGCUGUCCCUUGCACUUCCCUUCGCUUCUCUUGCAAACUCCCCGCCAAGUCGCCAUCUUUAUCCCCAGCACAGCCUGCCCAGUCGGUGUCGAUCCGCAGGGGUUCCAGCUGCUUCGACUCGGGCGCGCUCAAGCUCUCCACCCGCAGGUCGGACGGUCUUGUUCCCUCUGUUGUUUCGGAAGGAAGCGCGGUCGAAACGAGCUCUGCCACCUCCGGUUUCUAUAAACUCACUUACUUGGAGGGGAACAGUUGGCUUUGGGAUGUGGGUGGGUUGAGGCUUUUGGUUGAUCCAAUCUUGGUGGGUAACUUGGACUUUGGCAUCCCCUGGCUCUACGAUGCUGCCAAGAAAUUCUUGAAGACUUUCCAGCUCAGCGAUCUUCCUGAUGUUGAUUACUUGUUGAUUACCCAAAGCCUGGAUGAUCACUGCCACUUGAAGACCUUGAGGCCACUUUCGGAGAUGAAACCAGAUCUGAGAGUGGUUGCUACUCCCAAUGCCAAGUCUUUACUGGAUCCCCUUUUCAGAAAUGUCACCUUUUUAGAACCUGGCCAAAGCUGUGAAGUGGAAGCAAGAACAGGUCCAAACGUCAGAAUUCAGGCCACUCCAGGACCAGUUUUAGGUCCUCCUUGGCAAAGGCCUGAGAAUGGGUAUCUUGUAUCUCUACCAGGACAAUUAAGUCUUUACUAUGAACCCCACUGUGUUUAUAACAAGAGUUUGCUGGAGAAAGAACGGGCUGAUAUUAUUAUUACACCAGUUAUUAAGCAGCUUCUUCCAAAUUUUACCUUGGUCUCAGGGCAAGAGGAUGCUGUUCAACUUGCUAAGCUGCUGCAGGCCAAGUAUGUUGUCCCGAUGAAGAAUGGAGACCUCGACGGCACAGGAUUUCUUGCUAGUAUAGUCCAGGCUGAAGGAACGAUAGAAUCAUUUAAGGAGCUCUUGUCUAAGGAAAUACCGGAUGCUCAAGUGCUGCAACCUACUCCUGGAGUACCCCUUGAGAUAUAACCUUGACUUGCUAUCGUUUUGAAGCGUAUGUUAUGCAGCCAACAUUUAUUUCAAGUUCCAACCAUCAUGCAGCUGCACUGUGAGUAGAGUUUACCAAUGCAGCCAUCUCGUUGGAGAAACUCAUUCUCAGGCUUGUACAUGUAAUCCUGUAAUGGUUUUCUUUGGGAUACCUGAAUAUGUCCUAUGUAUAUAUUAGACAGAAUAUUCCCAGCACCUCGUAUGUUGAUCGGUUUCAAAAGUACUCUCUGUUUGGUACUCGUCCUAUCAAGUUAGGGUGGUUCCAGGGGCUUCUAUGUAAACGAAGUGCUCGAUCUUAAAGUGGGGUAUACAUUGAUAGGAGAUGUAAUUACACUUCCAUUUGCCAUUGCAUUUCUCAUCUACAGUUAACAGUCUAAAGUCCUGUUGGGAUC